CUCCCUCACCCCCCUCUCGCUUUCUCAUAGUCUGUGCAGGAGUGAGGCUGGAGUCACGUUCUCCACAGUUCUGCAGUCUGCAUCUCAGAAGUCUGUCUACAUUGUCUCAGAGUGGAGCAUUUUAGAUUUAUUGACUGACUGAAUGGAUUUACCAAAAAAAGGAUUCUUUUAAACAAUGAAAAAGAUGUUUUGUUGUUUUAUGGUUGUUAGUUCCUCAAUCAAAUGAUUGAAGCGAGAACAGCAAUGAAGAGGAUCCAACCUUUCACUAUUGGGACCAAGUUAUCUGUCCCCUCCGAAAACAAAUGUCUGGAUUAUGUGGGCAUCAUCCUUCCUGUACCGGCUCUGGACUGCUGUGAACUACGAAAUGACUCGAACAAUGACAGUUCUGCUUUCCACGAGGAGAGAGUGUCCACAUCUACACCUGUAGAAGGACUUUCAGAUGAUAUUAAAGAGGAAGAUGACAGGGACUCUAUGUCCCCGUCAGCUUCCUCCAGAUCCAUCAGGAAGAUUGCAAUGUGUGCGAAUGCUGAAAGCCAGACUGUCACUGACUUGAAUGGGACAAACUAUGCGACGAACAAGCCAAGUACUUCUACUGAAAAGCUGUUUCUUGUUGAGGAAAGAUUGAGUGACAAGUCCGGUGCAGAGCUGGAGACUGAUCUAUGGACUAAAGGAAAGAAGAUAAGGAACCUUCAUUACGAUUACAGCAUGCCAACUUUCCCACAUGAUCAACCAGAGGACACAUCUCAGAGCCAAAGGAGAGACCUCAAAGAUUUUGAGAACUCUCUCAUCCAACUGACGACGAGUCUGGACUUGAUGCAGGAGGAACCAGAAAGACCUCUUCAGAUGAAGACAGAUGCUGCAGAUUUAGGAUUGGAAAUGUUUAGAAGAAAACAAAGCCUGGGGGACCACGUUGACAAAUCGUGGCUGAAGUUGAGGUCACUCCUGAGGGACUAUCAUCAGGAUCUCAUGUUGGCGCUAGACGUCUCAUCAUUCUACCAACAAGCCGACAGCAUCGUUGGCGCCAUUAACAGCAAGAGGAACCAUAUAUUAGCGGGCGACAGCCAAAAAAGCGACAAAGAGAGCAGAGAAAUUGCCUGUCAGAUCAACAUGCUGAAUGAGUCUGCGUCUCGCCUGUCAACUCUCCACCCAACCCUGGCCAGAAGAGUUACAUGCAAACAGGCCGAGGUGAAGGAGAAUUGGGCACUUCUCCAGGACCUUCUCCGGAACCAGAAGACAGAUGUUUCUUCAAAACGCCCGUCAGCUUUACCCGCUGAUCCACUAACCACAUGCCCUGACUCACAGAGCUUUUCUAGAAAUGAGGGUCACGGCGUAAUGGGAAAAGACGUCAAAGAAGAGCAAAACCGUCUCAGAGGAUUUGAGUGCUCUCAAGGCCUGUGGACCCAUAGGAUGCGGAGUCCGGUUGAGGAAUGUUCUGCAGGGAGCCGAGACUCACUAUCGGAGAGCAGCUGUUCCAAGCUGGACAAUAUGUCUGAAAAACAGGACAGGAAGAGCUGUAUCAGCCAGAUGGCUCAAACAGCCCCUGUUUCCUCUCAAGAAUGUCUCAUACCCAAUAAGCUGUUGAGGGAGUCGACAUCAACUGAAAUGAAUGAAGAGCAUGCCUGCUCAAAACAAAGACAAGACCACAAAAUAGAGGAGCUCUUAAGCCAGGUGGAAGUCCUUUGGGAUGCACUUCAGAAGAAAUAUGGAGAGAACAAUAAGACCGAACCAGCGGAAAAACAACAAUGCGGAGAUAAAGCAGCACAGAUGGUGUCAGAUCUCACAGUUUUAAACCAUCUCCCGGAAAAUGUAGAGGAAGGCAGUUCAGGAAUGCUUGAAAAGUUCCUUGAACUUUUGGAUCCCAGUGGUUAUCACAAAAUAAGUCAGGAUAUUCCUGGAUCUCCACAUAGGCAAGAAAUGGCUGAGGCUGCAGAAAUGUCACUAAAUCUACUGAGUCAACAAACUGAGCAAGAAAGAUCCCAGAAGCAGGACCAGAUCAAUAAUGAGCUACAAAGCUCGCUAUCUACUUUAACACUGCGGAUAAACCAGCACCUCUGCCGCUGUGCUGAGCUCAGUAUGGACCUUCUGGACAUAGAAACAGAUAUGGCUGUGCUUUGUGACUCUGACCUCAGUGGUCUGGAGGGGCUACAGGAGCAGCAGGAUGACCUAGAGGGUCAUUAUAAUAUCAUUGAGAGAGAAGUGAAAGAGAUGGAGAGACUAGACAGUCAGCUAAAGGUUCCUCCCCCAGAGCAGCAAGACCCUCUCAGGGAAGAAGUUCAGGCGAUUCUGCAGGCUUGGGAAGAAGUAGGCCGCAACAUGGCUGAAAACAGAGGGCGUCUGGAGAAGUUCCACCAGAUUCAGGACUACUUUGAAAACUAUCUCGCCAUGAUUACGUGGACGGAGAACACCAGAUCCUGUAUCCUUGCUGGCAGCUCUGCUUGGAGAGAGAGUGAAGUUGCAGAGAUUGAUCGCAACAUUGAAACAAAGCUGGAUGAGUUUAGCAAACUGGCUGCAGCUGGUCAAAUGCUUAUGCAAGAUGAGAGUCGGUUUAAAGACAUUAUCAAGGAGAGAACAGAUGAGUUGCAAAGCAUGCUGGGAUGGAUCCAGGUGAACUGGCAGGCUCAAAGAGAGCAGCUUGAAAGAAACCAGAACAGGAGACCAGAGUCAAUAAGUGAUCUUGUUCAACAGCAGGCUAUGCCUUUCAAAAAACCUUCUGAGAGUCUGUGCAUUAUAGAUGGAGAGGUCAAAGGAAAUGCUACUGAAACACAGCCCUCUCAAAACAACUUUGAGCAACAGAGUGGGAGGCAUGAUGUGUCCAGUGUUGUUAGUCAGGAGUCUUGCCUUUCAAAGACAUCCCUAGGCUCUAGCAUCUGCCUCAUUCUGAGCUUUGAUGAACAGUCUUCAGGGAUCAACCAAGUGACAAAGCAAUGGUCACCCAGCAAUAACGAAAUACCUGAAGAAUCAGCAAGCAGCAUUCAGGCGAACAGACGUCAGUCAGAAGACAAAAACUCAAUGCAAAUGCAAGAGCCACAAGAAACGCUUCAGGUAAGCUGGCCGAAAGAAUCAGUCAUGAGUAAAGACACCAAACCCAAGUCAUCUUGUGUGAACCUUGCAAAGUUGCAAAUCAAAAACCAAGGAGAACAAGACCAGUCACCAAGCAAAGAGGAAAGCCAGUUGUCCACAUAUAACGUUGAAUCAUCAGUUUGUAAUCACCCACCAGAGAAUGUGCACUCCGACAACAAUCAAACACACCUGCAACUAUCACCAGACAUGGAUCAGAUGCAAAAUCCAGAGCAUCAAGUGCAAAAAUCUACACGCAGCGAUCUAGAAACAAACCAAAACCAAAGUGACGACCACCUGCGGCAUGAAGUGGCAGCUGAAGUCACUCAUAGAGUGUUCACGUAUUUACACGUCUCGGAUAGUUACAGAUCCGCAGGGCGAGUCUUGGAGGUCGUAUCCCCGACGCAUGCAGCAGGGCAGGACGUGACAACGUCUUCAUCAAGUUCCUCCUUCCAAGGUGUCCAACCUUACAAUCACAACAGAUUUAAGCCAGGUUCUUUGUUCAGACUGAAAGAGCCAAUCAGAAGUAAGGAGGAAAACCGGCGGAGGAGCUCUCUGCUUGGCACCGUUGGAUCGGAAAGGUCUGGCAAACCUUCAAGCAUUUUCAGGCGAAGGUGUAACACUUGGCCAGAAGGAGAAAGGAGGGUGAAAGAAAGUCAAUCAAACUCCAAACUUCAGGUUUUUAUUAAAAAAAACACGUUACCGGUGAAUUCUGUCAUCGAUAACAAGUCCAGCUCAUUUCCAGAAGACAAUUUGCCUAAUGUUGUCAAGACUUCAAGUGGACCGGUUAAAAACAUCUGCUCUUAUUUGUCUCUAGGAUCCACUCUUAGCUUCAGUCUUCCCAAGCGCUUUCACAACAAUGUCUUGGACGUGGAAAAUAAAGAGGAAAUUCAACCUGUCCAGAUUUGUGAUGACUCAAACAACCAAACAAUACCCUCAGCUCAAAUUCCACAGUCAAUUGAGGUAGAACCAGAGAUACAUACUAAACAAACUGAAACAGACCUUCAUACGGUAGAUAUGGAAGAUGAACCAUCCACUGAGGUUGAGACCCAACAGUUAAACCAAGUCUAUGAAAGCACAGAACCAGUUCUAAGUGUUUUCACGUCAGAACCUGAUAAUGUUUCCACCAGCCCUUAUGAAACCUCUUCUCCAGUGGUCAGUGGCUUCACCUCGGUCAGUAACUGCAGCCCUCUGUGCCCAUCUUCAUCAGGUGGUCACAAUUGCUUGAGUGUUUACACUAAAAUAAAAGACCUGAAUGGCCACUUAUAUUACACAUCCAAAUACAUGAAGAUAAGCUCCUCAAAAGACUUGUACCCUAACGGCCCAGGCUCUCGUAAGAGCGGCCGCGUCAUAAACUGUGGUGUGAGAGACUGUGCAGUGUGUUUCAGUGAUGCAUUGAAAGAGACAAGUGUAGACUGUGCAGAGAAACCUGAGAUCAGCAUGGAGGAGCUUCUUAAUCCAGGGCAUUGGCUGUUCCAGCAGGAUGAAGAGGAACUGGAAGAUAUCUGGAGAGGAAGCGUGGGUAAUCUCACUUCAAACUGUACUGUGGAAACAAAUACGGAUGAAGAAACAGGGCUAUCAAUCAAAUCCAGCAGGGGACAGGUAGCCCACCCACUCCAUGGAUGAAAUGGUUGUUUUGGUUACGUCGUGGAUGUUUUGGACACCUUGCCAUUUAUCUGCUGUACAUUUAGUAUGCUGUACUUGUAUUAUUGUAUUUCAGUUGUAUUAUUCUUUAUAUCAACAUGGUAAAUUCAACUCUAAGAUCAUGUAAUAUACAAUGCAGAUGCAUUAUAGAGGUUUUAAACUUCAUUGUUAAACUCCAGAUGGCGCCCUUGUCAUGCUUAUGCGUACUGUGUAGAAUUAGGUAAGCACAGAGGUAUGGUCAACACAUGCACAAUGAAAAUGGACCAACAUUUAGAGCUAACAACAGAAUCAGCAUGCCCAGAGACCUCAUCCUGCUGAUUCACUGUGGAAAUAAUAACAAGACUGCCAUGAGAAAAAGCUUGCAUUUAAAGUACACUCUCCUUUAUAACCAGACUGUAAUGCAAGAAGCUGUACAUGUGAGAAAACAGUUUGUAAAUCACUAGCAUAUAUGCAAUUGAAGGGAUUAUUACUGUGUUUUUGUGAUCAUGCUGUUUUAUUAUUCUCACACUUAUGCAUUUCACUAUUUUGCACAAAAUAAAUUUGAAACGUUA